AUGGCAGCCAACGGAGUCUCUACGCCCUCGAGCGUCACCCCGAAGCAAACCAAGAUCUGCGUCUACUGCGGUUCCUCGGCGGGAAACAAGCCAGAGCAUGUCGAGGCAGCGCGGGCCCUAGCCCGGGUAAUGGCCGCCAACAACAUGGCUCUCGUCUACGGCGGCGGCACAGUCGGCCUAAUGGGCGAAGUAGCCAAGACCCUCGUUUCUCUCUCCGGGCCCGACGCUGUGCACGGCAUCAUCCCCGAGGCACUCGUGCGGCACGAGCGCGACCCAACCUACACCUCAAAGCAAGUCCACGAGUCCACGGGCACCCACCUGGCCGUUCCCGAGGAGGCCGUGUUCGGGCGCACGACCAUUGUCAAGGACAUGCACACGCGUAAGCGGCUGAUGGCGCAGGAGGUGAUUGAUGGCGGGCCGGGCAGCGGGUUUGUCGCGCUGAGCGGUGGGUAUGGUACCUUGGAGGAGUUGUUUGAGACGGCGACGUGGAACCAGUUGGGGAUUCAUAACAGGGGAAUUGUUGUGUUGAAUAUUAAUGGGUUUUAUGAUGGGAUUUUGGCGUGGAUCAAUAAGAGUGUGGAGGAAGGGUUUAUCCAUGGGGAGAAUAAGCGGAUUGUGGUGGAGGCUGGGACGGCGGAGGAGGCGAUAAUAGCUCUGAGGGACUACAAGGUGUCUGAUGCGGUAUUUAAGCUGACGUGGGGGAAGGAGUAG